ACAUCAAAGGCAGAUACACUUGGCUAAGAGCUUUUUCUAUGCUAUCAAGUGGGAACAAAGCAAUGUACCACCAAACUGAGAGCAAGACAUAACAUGCGUGCAAAAUGAAAUUUACCAAUACAAUGUUAAAUGGUAAAAUGAUGUGUACUCUGUGUGCAAACGAUUUAUUUUGUUCAGUAUUUUAUACAUUUGAUGUUACAAUCAAUUGUGAUCAAUUCAAUUUAUUUUUUAUUUUCUUUAAAAAUAACUUGUCAUUGAGAUAAGUAAUCAAAAAUACCAUAUUUUAUUCUAUUUUGGCUUUUUAUAACAGCUUCCAUUCAAUGUAUUUGUUUUGUAAAUGCUUAUUUUUAUGCUAUUAGUCAUAUGUCAUUUGUUCCCAAAUGUUAAACUGUAUAGAAGAUAAUGUAAUACAUAUUUAUUUAUAAUAAAAAGCAUAUAAAGAUCAAGCAGGACACAAAUUACAUUAAAUGCCAUUGUUAAGUGUGAGUGAUGGAAGAAGUGUGCAGGUGAUGUAGCGUGGUGCCAAAAGCUUGUGUUUUUGUAAAAUGAUCUUGAUGCGGAAAAAUAAUGAUUCAUAUGACUUCUGAGGCAAACUACCAGUGUAGGACAUGUUAGACCAUGCUAGUCUUUCCCUUACCCAAACCAUGUCGUUUGUGAAAACAUUUUAGUUUCCACAGAAUGUCAUUGCAAUACAAAUAAUUGUCAUUGAAUUGAUUAACAACAUUUGUCCUGUAUGACUUUGAGAAGGGGAAUAAUACGUAUGUGUAUCUUUGUUAAUCAAUAAAGUAUUUAAAUAUUACCUUGGGAGUUACUUUACUUUUUUUUUUCUUUUUUUUAAAUAUCUUCUAAACAAGAGUAUUUUGUCUCUAAUCCAAAGUGUCUCUUGUGUGUAAGCAAUGACUAUGUCGCCCAAAUUAUUUGGCAGGAAAUUAACCAAAUGUCGCAUAGAGUCUGAAAGGGUUUUAAAAAACAUCUUAGCGCUUCUCACAUUUACCAAUUUGUUACUUGAACACCUGGUUGUCUGGUGAAGUAGUAACAACACACUUUUUGGGUAAAGAGCUUAUACCAGACUGUACUUAGAGUUAUGAUUGUGUCGUGAAUUCUGAACUGGUAUAUCACUUUUAAGCAAGAAUAUGAUCUUUUUUUCCCAAUGGUAUCUUCAUUCAUCAAAGUAGUUUGAAUGGAGGAAGAUGUUAACUAUUAAUGUAUCAUCCAUAACCAAUAACGUACCAUAUAAUCAAUAUUGGUCCGCGUGUACACUGAUAUAUCACAUGCCAUAGCGACAGAGUUUUAAAUUAUUUCCCUUUUAGACGUUUGCGAGAGAUGAAUAUUAGGCAAACCUAUGAGGCAGGAACAAGUCUAGUGUCCAUCCUAAUUUUCUUCUAGGUCCUAGUGCUUUUGUGGCUGAUUGUGUGACGUGGGGUUUUAUUAAUCCGAUUAAAAGACUCCAUGUUGGGUGCAGUGCAUACAUUAUUUUAAUAAUGCUUUGUUAAGUUCAAAGAAAUGUACAUGCAGUAGGAAUGGCACACCAGAAGAGGGCUGCAUUUCACCAAGAAUCAUUAACAUCUGUUCGUCAAGGUCACAAAGCCCUCACAUCACCUCUGGUCAUGAUGAACAUGACUUGACGUCAUUUUCAAUUUAAAUAAUUAGCCAGAGCAAACCAUUUAAAAGAAAAAUAACAGUAACAAGUGAAGUCCAAUAAGAAAAAAAGAACAUUCCCAUUUUUGUCAUGCUCUUGAAUGAAGAAUUGUAUGCAUAUGCAUUUGCAUAUUGGUGUUUUUUUAAAUAACCUGUACAUGUAUUACACCUCUAUGUCAUGGCAGAUGUAUUACUCAGGACUCAAAAAGCUACGUUUUUUAGCAAUGGGCCCAUUCCUAAAAGGCAUAGCAUGGUCAUAGCUAAAAUGAAAAUGUAAUCUGUGAAAAUGUAAUCUACCUGUAUGUCAUGUAUGUUAUGAUGAAUUUAAAUGGGGGACCCUGAUGUAAACAAGACGAAAGUCUUUUUCUGGUCUGCAUCCCCUUAACAAUUGUGUGUAUUGAGCUGUACUGUACUGUACCCAUUCUGCAAUCUGUUAAUAAAAUGUUCAAUCAAUCAAUCAAUAGGUGACAUUAAAAUAACAACUUUACUUAACUCAACACUUUACAGAUGUGUUUGUUAAAAUGUGUCCCGGUGUAUGAUGAUAAUUAAAAACGUUUGAUUGCUAUUGCAUAUCCAUUAAACCAAAUUUGAAAAUGAAUAUACACAUCAAGGAGACACUGUUGCAUUUUCAAGUCCAGAAUAAUAUAUUACAAAUUUAAAUCAUGAUGUAGUGGUUGUACCAUGAAUCAAUAUUACACUUUAAUGAAAUGUGUAAUCAUACUAAAGAGGUCACUUUAUUUUCCUCCUAAUAAAUGCAACAAAGCACAGAAAUCAACCACUCUUUCAGAAACAAAAGAACAGCUGUGCAGCCAGUCUACUUUGUUUGUUAGACCCACUUGCAUUACACAUAUGAAUGACUGGUCUGAAAAAACCCUUACUAUCCUGCCAAUGGGCCUUUUAUUGCACCCUUCAUUAAAAUCCCCCAAUGUUUAAUUAAAACAUGUCCUCCACACUUGAGAUACGUCUGUCACUGGCUGAGGCCCAAGGUAUUCAAGCUUGGUAGGAUUGGCUGUGCUCUACUGCACACUGAAACACAUGAAAGGAAUGACGAGAGCUGUUUAAGGGUUAAUAGGAAAGUGAAGACGCAGUCAUUCAAAACUCAUUUAUGGGAAGACAAGUAUCCAUGCUUUUCAAUCAUAUGUAUUUACAAUUCAUUUUUGUUUCCCUUUUUCUUUAUUUGUUUUCCUUCUCCGAUUAAUUAAAAAUGUUAUUUUGUCAAGUAUUAGGCGAAAACAAACAAUAAUCAACAUUUGUGUGUUAUUUUUGUUUGUUAUUUUACAUUUCAGUCAUUCGCCCACCCUUUGUGAAUUCCUCUGUGUAUGUAUUCAGUUUAUCCGGUUGUAAUGGAGUUCUGGAAAAGCAGAGAAGGGGUUUCUGGCUAAACUUCAUAUAUGUCCUGGGUGCAAAGAAAAGGGAGAAUUACGCUUGAAAUCAUAGUGAGCUCUGAGCAAGGGUCAUUCUUUAUAAAUAGCAGAGGUUGUUUCUGUGUAUGUGUGAGUGUGCCAGUUCAAGUUUAUAUGAAUUACUCCUAAAAGGGACAUACACUGCCUGAAUCAAAUAUCAUUCCAUUCCAUUCUACAGUUGUAGGCAAUUUUCGCUAAAAAACAAAACGUGUAGUUUUUUGGUGGCACUACAAGAGAUCACUCCCUCUGGGGACCAUGCAUGUACAGUAUGCCAAAAAAGAUGUAUCUUCAGUCUGGAUCAAAAUGGUGGACUUAAUGACAAUGCCUUCCCUAGAACAAAAAAAAUAAGUGAUUCCACAAAUAAGAAAAACAUCUAGGGUUUGCACUGCUUAAAAUAAAUGGUAUGUUUUAGAAUAGUACAUUGUGUGAACUCAGACUGAUAAUAAUAAUAAUAAUAAUAAUAAUAAUAAUAAUAAUAAUAAUGAUAAUCUUUAUUUGUAUAGCACCUUUCAUAUAACAAGUGCAGUCCAUAGUACUUUACAUAGACAUUUCACAGAAAAUCACACAGAACACAGAUACCAGUAAAAUGCAUAAAAACAAACAAAAAAUGGCAUAGAGUAGACAUAUAUAGAAUUUAAUUAUUGAUCAAUAGUCUUUAGGGUUCUGUUCUUACAUUUGUUUGCUAUUAAAUAAAAUAUCCUAUCUUUUUUAGACAGGAUUUUCACGCACUGCUGUACAAAUCUGCACAUUUCAAAAUGAUACGGUUAAUGGUCCGUCCUUACUCAACAUGUCACAAUAUUUGUCAGUAGUUUGAAUUGGCAGGGGAGAUGGCAGGAGACUGUUGUUUUGUUACUGUGACUAUUGUUGCAUGCGCCCACUUCCCAGCCCUCCCAUCCCCCUGGUCUCUUUGUAAAAGGUGCAGUACGAUUCAGACAUGAAGACAGACAAUCAUCUCUUCUUUUUACAGGCUUGAUUAGACCAUGGAUAACGGCAGCUUGGAAAUGUUCGAAAAGGCUAACACGUCUCUUCAGAUUGAACUUCAAUCCUGUACUACAUUUAGGAACCAGGCUUCUCGCAUUUUUCUGUAUGCCUUCCUCUCUGUUGGCAUCAUGUGCACAGUGGUGGGAAACUUUCUGGUGGUCUUGUCCAUUGCCUACUUCAAGCAGUUGCAGUCCCCCACAAACUCCUUCGUCAUGUCCCUUGCAGUGGCUGACUGCCUUGUUGGCCUGGUAGUGAUGCCUUAUAGUAUGAUUCGGACGGUGGAGGGAUGCUGGUACUUUGGUGUCCUUUUUUGUCAGCUUCACUCUAGCCUUGAUGUCAUGCUCUGCACUGCCUCUAUAUUCCAUCUCAGCUGCAUUGCAUAUGACCGCUACUACGCUGUCUGCAACCCGCUAGUUUACUCUUUAAAAAUGUCCCACAGUCGGGUAGCUCUCCUUAUUUUUGUAUGUUGGGCUGUUCCCAUGCUCAUCUCCUUUUGCCCAAUAAUGCUAGAUCUUCAUGUGGCAGGUGUGGACAUCCUGAUCCCUGAAGAUUUAUGCGUGUUCCUGGUCAAUCGCAUUUAUGCUGUCAUGGCUUCCUUGGUAGCCUUUUACUUGCCAAUGGCUAUCAUGCUGAUCGCUUAUUGGAAGAUCUUCAAAGCUGCCAAGCGGCAGGCAAGGCAAAUCAGCGCCAUGGAAAGCCAAAUGGCUUCUGGAGUCGGAAAGGAUUCAAGCAAGAAAAAAAGACACAGAAACACUAUGAAGAGGGAAAGAAAGGCAGCAAAAACUUUGGGUAUCAUCAUGGGAGUUUUCCUAAUCUUCUGGAUGCCAUUCUUUACAGUCAACAUUGUGGACCCUUUUAUUGAAUACAGCACAGAGGUGGUUGUCUGGGAUAUAUUUUUGUGGCUAGGAUAUAUCAACUCCUCUUUAAAUCCCUUCCUAUAUGGUUUCUUCAACCGUUCCUUCCGUAGGGCAUUCCUCAUGUUCAUUGGCUGCAGGGUAUGCCUGCCUGGAUCCUCCCCUGGGAUGGAUCUGUCACACACUAGGAAAGACCCAAAUGAACGUGCAGAUCAACAAUGAAUUUAAAGAAAGUGUCUGUAUAUUUUGUGUUGCCUUUUGUAAAUUAAGGGCAAUAUUAAGAGUGCUUCAAUUGCAAAUGUUUUUCAACUUCUCGAAAAAAAAAUGUUUAAAAUCAGAAUAAAUGUAAUACAAUAACAAAUAGUGACGUGGGUCUGCCUCCAACCACCCCUUAAUAAGGAUUGUUUUAAAUCACCUGUUUUUAUUUCAUGUAAAGGAAGUGUGCUCUUGAUGUUCUAACUUUUGUUUUGCGUCUGCCACAAAGGAUUUUCCUAUUUCCACUUCUAAGUAUUUUACCUUUGGAUCUUUUUUGCAAUAAAUGUGUCAUAAUCAUUGUUAUAUUUUUAAAUUCAACCAGAAGUGUGAACUGCAGGAAUAAUUUGAACAGAUCUAUCCUCUACCUGCCAGUCACCGUCCACUGUUUAUGUCUGGGUCUAGGAUAUGAAAGGCUCUAUCUUGAAGUUGAAUCAUUCAUGUGUGUAUAGCGACAAUCAAGGCUGUGGUAUGUUCUUUUUUCAAUAAUAAGAAGAGAAGCUUCGAAUGGAAUCAGAUAAGUCUAGACAUUGCCACAACUGGAAAAUAUAUAUACUGGUGAGGUGAAGGGCAGAGAAAAACAAUUGAUGUGACCUAAAAAAGGGGGGGAGAUUUGGAAGAUGUACAAGGCAAUACUUGAAGGGCAACGUCAACAGGGUUUGUGAAGCAUCCAAGGGUGACAAAGAGAGUUUUAUACAUCAGGUAAAAACCUUAUUAAUACUUUGUCAUGAGCUUAGUUUGUGUGUUUAACUUUUUUAUUUGACCUGUGUCAUGUCUGUUCUAUUUCGUAUAGGCUUCGCCCUCUAAGGCUAUCGCU